AUGUGGUACCAUGCGUUCCUGUGUUUUGUGUGUCUGGGCUCCCCUUUUGUCGCAGGUUCACGUCAAGGACGCGAGCUGGAGGAGACCGGGCAGUGUGCACCUAUACCUCCCUUGGUGGACCCCUGUCAAGCCUCGGAGUGCGAAGCACAAGAAACGGUGCAUUUUGCAGGUGUGCAGCCUGCCACGCGGGUCAAGCCUUUGCUCGCAAUUCAGCAUGGCCCUUGUGGAAAGCAUGGCCAGAGGAAAGGCAUCGUGGUGCUGCGGAGAAAAUGCCACGCGAGCAGGUACAUUCUAGAUUUGCCGGUGCCCAUAGUUUUGGAUACUCGGCCAUGGCGUUGCCUUGCAUGCGGGCUCUACUUUCCUGUCAAGGUCAAUGAUAUACAGAAUCGUUUUCCGGGCACUUUGGUUGCUAAGUGCGCGAAGCAAGCCCAUGUUUUCUUCACGAAGAGAUUCCUGCAACUUAUCAUUGGCAAAUUCGGGGAGACCUUCAACGCCGCCGCGGUCAAACGGUUCAUAUUAGACCUCUACCUGGCCAAUACCAUCUACAUCAAUCACGCGGAGAGGGCUCUAUGGGCCAUCGAUUCCAUUCCACGCCUGUCCUCCUUGCGCUUCAUGCUGCGGGAAGCCUUGCUAUCUUACUUGCCUGGACUAAUCCGACAUAUUGAAGAACAUGUCCAUGUGUACAGUGGCUCAGCAAUACGGGGAGAUGGUCACUACAAAGUGGCUGCGCGUAUUCGCGUCGCUGACGGAACACCUCCCAGUGUCAUAUAUGCGUGGUGUGGUGUUGAUGGGGCUCUGCUCCGCCCGCCUGCUGCCCUGGCAAGCGAGACAUGGCCUGUCUUGAAGGAGGACCUGGCCAAAUUGAUCCCUGAUUUGGCGCGCAACAGGAAGCGGGCUGGCCUGCCGGGACAGGCGGUAUACCCAGCUUUCCACGCGACAGACACCUAUGGAAAACAUCGACUCAAAUUGCAGUCCUUCUACACCAGCUUGGCAGAGCCGCAGCUGUCGGUGUCCGCCAAGACACCCCAGGCAGAGGCGCAGUCAGCAGAGCCAGCAGAGAAGUACUGCCCUACCUUGAUCACAGGUGAUCCUGCGCACGAUUGCUUCGCCUUGCGACGUUUGGUGAGUACAAAAUCAACUGAUGCCCAUGCUUUCCUGAGCGCUCACCGAGACUUGAUGGAGAGGUUGAGUUUGCCAAGUCCCCCGCAUGCGUCCUAUGCCAGUGACAAAAGCUCCAUGUGCGAAUUGCCGGAGGAAGCCAGGUCAGCAUUGCAGCUCCUCAUUUCAGAUGGUGCGAAGGGUAAGGAGAAAUGCGGGCAGAGCACUCUCCAGCAAGUCCACGCCUUUUUGCAGCAACCUUAUGUCACAGAAGCGACUACGUGGCAGGAACUGUAUGGCCGACAGCCUCCCCGAUGUGUCGUCUCUACCCUGCUGCGGGUCCUCGGCAAACAGGAUGACCUUCAUCCAACCUUACAGAGAUGGAACUACAGAAGUAAGAAAGAAUUUCGUGUUGAGAGCCGACGCAUUUUGCGAUGGUGGUCUCGCUGUGUGCGCCACAAGGCUACUUUUAGGAAGCGCAUCCUACGAGAUCGGCAGAAGGCAUUUUGGACGCGCAAAGUAUGCGCUGUCAACACCAAAGUUCGGGGUCACUUCAAGCGCAUGAGGAAACCAUUGCGGGUCGAAGGGUUUUUUGCUUGGAAGCAAGCUGCUGAGGCGACCCGGGCAGCCGCCAUCCCAGUCCAGUCUGGGACAAUUCCAGUUGAGAGGUACUGGGCUUGCCUGUUGACCUAUCUCCCCACAUCGUCCCAGUACAUUUCUUACAAGUGGUACUCAGUGUUAGCUGGUUUGGCCUUUGUGAAGUACAAUUACCAUCACUUUGCAGGUAAAGCGCUGUCAGGGAUAGCGGAGAGAGACGUAGACGUGCAGAGCAAAAUUGAGACAGCGACGAUGCUUGCCCGAGUCCUGCACAGUGCUGAGGAGAGCCGGUGCAAGCAUUUGAACGCUCUGUUCGAUCCUUUCCGGGACGAUGAGCAUUGCUGA